UACUUUUAAACUUAUAUAGUAUUAUAGAUAAUAUUAGUUGUUUUAAGUAUUACUAUUGACUUCUAUUUUGUUAUUAUAAUUUGGACACUAAUAAUUUAAUUUUUUUCACAUGUAUAUAAACUAAUUAUAAUGACCCCUCAGUUUAAAAUACUAAACGCAACUGAAUUUUGGCAAAAAGAAAACAGUUUUCCUGCAAUACCUACGUUUAGUCAAAGUCUUGAUAAUGUACUUGGAAAUAAAGGAAUCCAAGUGGGAUCUAUAACAGAACUAUUAGGUCUUUCAGGCACAGGAAAAACUCAAUUAUGCUUACAGCUUUGUGCAUCGGUUCAAAUACCAACAGAGCUGGGCGGUUUGGAUGCUGAAGCCCUUUAUAUUGACACCAACACUAAUUUUACUGUAAAUAGAUUUAAAGAAAUACUGUCAGCAAGUAUGGAGAAAUGUAGAAAUAUAUUAAAUACUCCAAAAAAUAACUGUGAAAGUGAUAAUUUGAAGAGAUUGCACUAUGUGAAUGCAUUUGGCCUGGAAAAAUUUUGCAGUUUGAUAUACACUUUACCACAAUUAGUCACUGAGAGACCAAAUGUGCGGUUAAUCAUAAUAGAUUCAAUAACAUUCCCAUUCAAAGAUGGUAUUACACUCAAACAGCGAACUGGUGUCUUAUUUAGACUAUCCGCAGUGUUGCAAAAGAUUUCUGUAGAAAACCAAAUUGCAAUAGUAAUAACAAACGAAAUGAGCACUCGAAUAGGUUUGUCAACUGGUUCUCUAGUUGGGGCAUUCGGUGAUGCGUGGGCGCAUAGAUGUAAUAAGCGGGUUUUGCUAUCAGCGCCUAAACCUUUAGAAAAUGAGCGAUUUGCAGCAUUAGUGAAGAGUAAUAACUCACCAGAGGCAGCUGGAAAAUUUCAGAUCACGAUUGAGGGUAUUAGAGAUACUAAUGGAUAAGUGGAACGAACGAAACAAAGAAUUAUAAUUACAUAUAUUUUUGAAUUCUCCAUUUUGAAGCACACAUGCAGUUGGCUUUCCCGAUGUUAAGUAAUACCGCCGACCACUCAAUGUUAGAGGGCUUGCGAGCGCAGUGCCGGCCUUUUAAUAAUUGGUACGCUCAUUUCUUAAAGAACCCUAAGUCGAAUGAUUUCGAAAAUACUUCGAUGAGCAGUUGGUUCCAGAUAGUAGUGGCAUGCAACAAAAACUGACUUAAAAAACGCACGUAUCUGGAAUGACGGACGUCGAGUCGAUUCAGGAGGAAUUUCAUUAUCUGCCCUGACGUCCCAUGAUGAAACUUUGCUGCAAGUAUUAGCUGAAUUCGGAAGGGCUAGACCCUAAAUAAAACUACUUUUACAACAUACAUAGUUUUAUUUGAAUGAAUCGGUAUAUUAAAAUACAUCAUAAACAAAACUACAGCACCAAUAAAUAUCUCAUUUUCACAAAAA